UCCGUUAGCAGGUCUUCCUGUUCGCUCGUGGCUAGAGGACGUUGGUGUCACAGAGGAGAGCGGCUCUGCAGGUACUUCACUUCACUAAACUAAGUAACUAAGUUAAUCAGCCAAAAUGUUUUCACGAGCCGUAAGACCUACCAUCAGCCUGGUCCGCGGUCUGUCUACCACAUCGCAAAACAACGCCAAAGUAGCGGUGCUUGGAGCGUCAGGCGGAAUAGGCCAACCUCUGUCUCUGCUCCUCAAGAACAGCCCGCUGGUGAGCCAACUCUCCUUGUAUGAUAUCGCCCACACUCCCGGGGUGGCCGCGGACCUCAGCCACAUCGAGACCAGAGCCCAUGUCACCGGACACAUCGGUCCAGACCAGCUGGGCUCCGCUCUGCAGGGCUGCGACGUAGUAGUGAUUCCCGCAGGUGUGCCCCGUAAACCCGGUAUGACUCGUGACGACUUAUUCAACACCAAUGCCACCAUUGUCGCCACCUUAGCCGACGCUUGUGCUCGCAACUGUCCUGAAGCCAUGAUCUGCGUUAUCGCCAACCCCGUCAACUCCACCAUCCCCAUUACAUCAGAGGUCAUGAAGAAACAUGGAGUUUAUAACCCUAACAGAGUGUUUGGUGUCACAACCUUGGACAUUGUUAGAGCAAAUACUUUCGUGGCAGAGCUCAAGGGCUUGGAUCCAGCCCGUGUCAACGUGCCGGUCAUUGGAGGUCACGCUGGGAAGACCAUCAUCCCUCUUAUCUCCCAGUGCACACCAAAGGUCGAGUUCCCCGCUGACCAGCUGAGUGCCCUGACCGGUAGGAUCCAGGAGGCGGGUACUGAGGUGGUGAAGGCCAAGGCUGGAGCUGGUUCUGCUACCUUGUCCAUGGCUUAUGCUGGUGCCCGCUUCACCUUCUCCCUUUUGGACGCCAUGAAUGGAAAGGAAGGUGUGGUGGAGUGUGCCUUCGUCCGCUCUGAGGAAACGGAGUGCAAGUACUUCUCCACUCCUCUUCUCCUGGGCAAAAACGGCAUUGAGAAGAACCUGGGUCUGGGCAAGUUGUCUGCCUUUGAGGAGCAGUUGGUGGCGGAUGCCAUUGGUGAGCUCAAAGCUUCCAUCAAGAAGGGCGAGGACUUUGUGUCUAACAUGAAGUGAACUGUGGCAUUUAGUUUGUAGAGGGUCAUCUGUGGUUGUGUUUGUCUUAUCUACAGCAUCUGGACACCAAACAUCAAACGAACCAAACAUCUGUUUCCUCAUUGUUUUUCUUAAAAGUUACCUUGAUUCAACUAUCUUUCCCGAAGGAUCAUUUACUGUUCCUAUACUGUUAAAUGUGACUUUGCCUUGCACUUAUAAUUUAUUCAUAUACUGUAUCAGCACUUGUCCAUUUGAAAAUGUAAAUUUUAAGAAAAGUAUAUUUUCAUGUAAUGUGUAUACAGGGGUUUAUCUGCUUUGAUAUACAACUGUGCUUAACAUACAGAUGCAUAGAUGUUACUGAUGAGCAAAACACUCCAACAAUAAACAGUUUAGACCAGAGAAAA